UCAGGCACAGCCGUCCUGCUGCAGAAAUUUCUGCUGAAAUUUUUCCCAUCCCUCACUCUGUUCACCCAUUGGAAAACCACUACUUAUUUUCAAUGGGAAGUCAACCCAUCUAUCUACAAAAUUGUUGCAAAGCAUUGUUGCCUAUACUGCAUGAUGGCACUGCUCACAGUUUUGGAUCAUCCGCAUGUUUUCCGGAGUGUGCAAAAAAGACCUGGUACCGGUACAACCGUCACAUUGUUCCGACACCUGAUCGAAACUCUAUCGACCGAAUAUUAUGACAAGAUAGCGGCGGAUGUGUGGACAAUGUCACCGCCUUGCCAACCAUAUACGCGAAUCGGAUUGAAGCAAGGCAGUCAAGACGGUCGAGCAAAAAGUUUUCUUCACUUACUAGAAGUACUGGGUGAAAUGGAGCAUAAACCUAAGUACAUUUUGCUGGAGAAUGUGAAAGGUUUCGAGGAAUCGGAUUCGCGCGAUAUGCUGGCAGAAAAACUGAAAGAGUGCAACUAUGCUUUUCAGGAAUUUUUACUCACGCCAUUACAAUUGGGGAUUCCCAAUUCGCGUAUGCGAUAUUACAUGUUGGCCAAAUUAAGGCCACUGAAAUUUGCUAGUUCGCCAACAGAUACGAUCAUCAACUAUAUACCACUAUCCGAUAAGAUGUCCGAAGCAUUUGUAGAUUUUCGUUUGACAACCGCUAAUAUAGAAAAGGAACUGGCCGACAAGAUUGCCUCUUCGAUAGAACCUGUCUCCAACUAUCUGGUGAAAGUGGAUAAUCUCGAUCAAUUUCUGGUCCCAGAUAAAGUGCUCAGUAAAAACGGCCAUGUAUUUGACAUCAUCAAACCCAACAGCCGACGUAGCUGUUGCUUUACAAAAGGUUACUAUCACUACGCCCAAGGCACAGGAUCUAUUCUGCAAAUGAACGAAAAAGCAGAUACUUCUUCGACAUUUGAACAAGCAAUAGAAGCCCGGGAUAGCAAAGAUACGAAGAAACAACUGUCACUGCUGCAUUCAUUGAAGUUGCGCUAUUUCACUCCUCGAGAGGUCGCUAAUUUAAUGGGAUUCCCUUCUCACUUUGAAUUUCCCAGCACCAGCUCUGUAAAACAACAAUAUCGAACACUUGGGAACAGCAUCAAUGUGCGAUUAGUAGCAGAGUUAAUGAAGUAUUUGCUGAAAGAAUAAAAAAACAUUUCUAUUUGGCUGCCCACCUUGGACACGGAAAAGAUCCGCGACGCAAUAAACUCCGCUUCUUGAAC